GUCGUUGCUGGUGUCAGGAUCACAUGCCGACGAGAAGAACCUCGUCGGUUCGUCGCGGAAUAUAAAUACUCGAAAUCAGCGUGAGGCGCCCCGCCUCCUCCCAUGCGUUCCCUGACGGAGCACCGCCUCUUCUCCGAUCUUAGGCGGGGAGGAGCAGGAGGAGGAAAAGGGAAGACACUCGGACCAGGUCCGGGGCAGCGGAGAGGGAUACCCGCCCCUCCUCACUGCGCUCAGCCUGCUCGCUCAGAGUAGCUACCGCCACCGCCAUGUCCGUGUACAGGAACUCCGUGUGGUUCCUGAAGGGGCUGCACCACUAUUGCCGGGGCAGCUAUGAAUCAGCAUGUAAACGGUUUGAUCCAGAAGACUUGGAAGUUGAUGUAACUGGAAGGUCUUUCAUGGUUACUGGAGCCAACAGCGGUAUUGGCAAAGCAGCUGCAAAAGAGAUAGCCAGGAGAGGGGGAAUAGUUCAUCUAGUUUGCAGAAACAAAGAUAGAGCUGAGGAGGCUAAGAAAGAAAUAACAACAGAAACUAGUAAUGAGAAUGUUUUUGUCCAUAUCCUGGAUAUGUCUGACCCCAAAGGCAUUUGGAAAUUUGCUGAACAGUACAAGAAUGAACACAAAUUGAAUGUAUUGAUCAACAAUGCAGGCUGCAUGAUGAACCAAAAAGAACUAACAGCAGAUGGGCUUGAAAAGAAUUUUGCUACAAACACUUUAGGUACCUAUAUUUUAACAACAGCUCUUCUACCUCUCUUGGAAAAAGAAAACGAUCCUAGAGUUAUCACUGUCUCCUCAGGAGGGAUGCUAGUUCAAAAAUUAAAUGCCUCAGACUUGCAGUCAGAAGAGGUGGCAUUUGAUGGGAUGAUGGUCUAUGCACAGAAUAAGAGACAGCAAGUUGUCUUGACAGAACAGUGGGCUAAAUCACAUCCCAGCAUCCACUUCUCCUCUAUGCAUCCUGGCUGGGCAGACACUCCAGCAGUGAGGACUUCCAUGCCAGAGUUCUAUGAGAAGAUGAAGAACAGGUUGAGGACAGAAGCCCAGGGAGCUGAUACAGUUGUAUGGCUUGCAGUCUCCCCUGCAGCACACAAGCAAGCAAGUGGCCUGUUCUUCCAAGGUAUGGGAUUGAUAUUAUUCACUUGGAUGGGAAGGAAAGACACCGUGUUCAAGAAGGCAGUGUUGCAGCCAGUCUUCAGACCUGCACUGCCUAAAGCAACAGCAGCUCUAAACUCCAGUCAAAAUGCUGCAGACAAGUGAGAAAGAACUAAGUCUUAUCUGUAGCAAGUUUAUACUGAACACAACCUGCUGAGAAAAGCCGGCUAAUAACCCUCCCAGGUUUGGAUUCCCAAAGUAGAAGGAAAUGAUUUUCAUGAAUUCGUGUGAGCUUCAAAUCCUUCCUAUGACCCAGAUCUUGAACUGCAGUAUAUGACCUCUGCUAGAAGCACAACACUCCAAGUCCUGCCCUCCUCUUAGCCUCCUCUAAGUCCUCCUCUUAGAGGAGCCUGCACCCAUUCCCACCCCAGUUUUUGUCCUGGCAGCCACUUCCUAUCUACGCUUAAAUUGUCUGUCCUCCUAAACUUCAUUUUCUCCUUCCUGCAUGGCAAAUCUAGGCUUGAUGCAAAGUUGGAAGAAACCAGAGAAACCACUGGAGAAAGUGUGGGUUAAGAAAUAUGACCGAGCCCAUGUGGCACUGUGAUUUUCCAGAUGUCUUGCAUAGCCACAAGUACAAGGCAGGCAAAUAGCUAAGACUGAAAUAAUUUUCACAGUGACUUGAACUCGAAAAGAUGACAUACAGCUCUCCCAAAGCAUCCCACAGUCUUCUUUCUUCUGCACUCACUGGUUAGCUACGUGGUAUAUUAAAUGGAUGGUAUGAUUCUAACAUCUCUAAGCGCACUCACAGGUAACGGGCCUAAACCGUUACCCACCUGGCUACUUUUUUCUUUAAAUUGAUGUUCCCCAACAUGCACCUGGUGGGAGCCACAGAAAGAAAUAAUUUCUUUAGUCCUCAUAUACAUAGAUGAAACUGAAAAAGUCUGCUUUGGAAUAUUUAACAACCUCUACCUGCUUCUGAUGGUCUCAGUCCAGAUCAGGGCCCACACCCUGACACAAGAAUAAAUUAGAAUUACCUACAUAUACCAUGUCCUUUAGUGCUGAUCAUAAAGAACAAUCCAAAAGGACCAAACGGGCUAUG